ACAUAGAACCAUUACAUAUCCUGAGAUUCUCUUGCUUUGGUGGCUGUAAUUCUUUAGACUUCGAUCUGUGUAUCUAAGCCGAUGACGAUCCUGCAAGCCGUGCGCAUGAAGCUGUGGAUGUCCAUCGAGAGCUGCCUCUCUCGUGGUAGCCAAAUAGCCAGCGAGUCCGUGCAGGGAGCAAAACUAGCCGUUCCUGCUCCUCCCUGGAUUGGCUGCGAGUCGUGCGCGGAAGAGGAGAAUAGAGCCUGCUGGUGCGAGCGCGGAGGGGGCACGGCAGAGCUGAAGCCGAGGGCGGGGGAGGAGAAAAAUGCAGGAGGGGCCAACAGCUCUUUUGCUCAUGCUGUCAUCAACAUGGUUGGCAUGCUCGUAGGGCUGGGACAGCUAUCAACACCAUAUGCCCUAGAGAACGGAGGGUGGUCCUCUGCAUUCCUGUUCAUAGGGCUUGGCAUAAUAUGUGCCUACACCUCCCACUUGCUUGGGAAAUGCCUGGAGAAGAGCCCCAAGUCGAGAAGCUACACAGACAUUGGCCAAGAAGCCUAUGGAUCCAAAGGCAAGAUCGUAGCAGCAACCUUCAUAUACUUGGAGAUCUUCAUGGCCCUCGUCUCCUACACCAUCUCGCUCCACGACAACCUCAGCAUAGUCUUCUCGGGUGCUCGGAUCGGCGCCCAGUGGGCGCCCAUGUCCAGCUCUCAGCUCUUGACUGUGAUUGCUGUGCUUAUCGCCCUACCAAGCCUCUGGCUCAGGGACCUGUCUGCCAUCUCUUUCCUCUCUUCAGGGGGCAUCCUCAUGUCCCUCAUCAUCUUUGCCUCGGUGGUCUUGACCGCCGUUCUCGGCGGAGUCAGGCUGGACCAUGAGAUCCCGGCGCUUCAGAUCCGUAACAUCCCGGGGAUUUCGGGGCUCUACGUCUUCAGUUAUGCUGGGCAUAUCGUCUUCCCUGACUUGUACAAGUCCAUGAAGGACCCCUCCAAGUUCACCAAGGUAUCAAUCGUGAGCUUCACGCUAGUCACGGCCCUGUACACGGCCCUUGCCUUCAUGGGUGCGAAGAUGUUCGGCCCCGGCAUCAGCUCACAGAUCACCCUCAGCCUGCCCCGCGACUUCAUGGUGACCAAGGUCGCCCUGUGGGCCACGGUCCUGACACCGAUGACCAAGUACGCCCUCGAGUUCGCGCCCUUCGCCAUCCAGCUAGACCGCUGCCUCGUCCGGUGGUCGAUGAGCACGAGCACGCGGAUGGCCGUGCGGGGCACGGUCGCUUCCGUGCUGCUGCUGGUGAUCCUGUCACUCGCGCUCUCCGUCCCCUACUUCGAGUACGUGCUCGGCCUCACCGGGUCGCUGGUCAGCAUCUGCAUUUGCGUGAUCCUGCCGUGCGGCUUCUACACCAAGAUAUGUUGGCCAAGCCUGUCGAAGCCGCUCCUCGUUCUGAACGUGAUGCUCAUUGGAUCCGGCUGCGUCCUCGGGGUGUUUGGGACAAUAUCGUCGUCCCGGUCCCUCAUCAAAAGCCUACAAGGACACCACUCCGCCUAAAAGAAACAAUCCUGACGACAGAAGAAGACAACAUUGUCGUUUUUACUUUGGGAUUCGAUCAACCUCUUGUAAGAAAAUGAGCAGUUUUUGUUCAUGGGCAAAACCUGUUACAACUUCGGUUUUGCCAAUUUGCGAAAAGUAUAUACAAGCAAACUAGCUCUUGUAUUUGAGACAUAAAGGUUUACUGUUCGAUUUCCAAGUUGGCCUUUCAACGAUUUCGCGAAUUGCCUCAUGCAUACGUUAGAAGUGUCGACCGCUCUUU